UAUACAUAGAUUUGCACAACCACACAUCAUAGACACUGACACGCAAGCACAUGCACUUACGACACCAACAACAUCCUUCCUUUACACAUAAAGACACACAUUUGUUCAACGACAACUGGUCUUAUCUCCCUAUUCCAGUGGCAACUUCAACCUAGCCACCAUGCUGUAUUUUGAAGUGCCUCUAUUUGCAUGAACAGUGCCGUAUCCCAACCUCCCAGUCUCAUUCAACACUAGAGAACUGUGUUAUCUGGUUAAAACGGAUCUCUUCCAAUUUUUUCUCCGCAUAAGUCUGUGAUAACUCUCUGUCAGUGAUCUUCAAGCAGUGGUCUCCCAGCACAGAAGAGAAGCCGAGCAGUCAGUCGAGGUUAGAGCGGAUGAGUUCAUUAUCCCUGCAGGUCUUCCUCUGGGUAUAUAGCCUGCAAGCCCCCUACCAUUUCUCAAAAGCAACAUCCCUCCCCCUUCUUCAUGGCUGCUCCCCAAAUCAGCAUCCUAUCCUCCUCUCCUGUCUCCCCUGUCUCUCACCUCAAGGCCCUCCCUUCAGGAACCGCCCCCCAAAUAAGGAGCAUCAGGUUGUGUUUAUCAGGCAACCGGCACCGCGAUGUGUGGGUGCUUGCCUCACGUCCAUGACGUCUCUAAGCCUAAAUCUGCCUGCUAUUCAGGGAACGGCUAAAGGAGUGGAGGCAGUGAGAGGAGGGUCAGGGGUUGGGUGAGAUGGGGUCCAGCCCCGCAGCGUUUUUCUUCUGUGGUUUUGAGUUUCACGCCCAGAUUGAAACGCCAUCAUCACAAAACCCAUAACCUACUUUAAAAUCUUUGGCUCCAUCUUCUCAUCCACUGUCUUAUAUUUACAAGGCCUAAAUAGAAAUCAACAGUGUGCACAGAUCAGCUGCAAGAUGUAUAGAUUUGUUCCCAACUGAAAGGGAGUAACCUAAUGCAUUAAUUAGUUUUUUUAAAGCGUGUUUUGCUUUUCAGUUUAGAUUGUUUUUACAGUAUGUCACUGUUCUUUCUGACACCCUACCUCUGAUAAUCACUGUUUUAACAAACCAGGUGAAAGACGAUGUAUUAUCAUCUGCAUCUUUUGCAUAUUCCUAUGCAUUAUUCCCUUUACAUCUCUAUUCUUUCUUGUAGAUUCUUCUACCUUGACCUAGAUCACAAAAGUGCAAAAAAACUCCAGGUUUACCUCUUUUACAUUCUCAACCCUGCAACUUCAAGAAACAAGAGAUUUCCUCUCCAAAAUGUGAUUGGCUUGCUGUGGCCCCAGAACCCUAAAAGUUCAGGAUACUAAAUCUGGAGGCCUGUGAGAGGCAGGGGGCGGGACCUGGCUGUCCCGUUUAAAGUGUGUGUGAACCUUCACUUGACGUCUAGUCUCUCUGUUGAGGUGCACACGGAUUGACCACUCCUUUGGGCUUUUCUUUUUUCCUUGGAUAUUUGGGGGGGAAAAGCUAAUCCACAAACAUGACUGACGCGCAACAAGAGGCCCGCUCCUACCUGAGCGAGGAAAUGCUGGCCGAAUUCAAGGCCGCCUUCGACAUGUUUGACACCGACGGUGGCGGUGAUAUCAGCACCAAGGAGUUGGGUACCGUGAUGAGGAUGUUGGGCCAGAACCCGACAAGAGAGGAGUUGGAUGAGAUCAUCGAGGAGGUCGAUGAGGACGGUAGCGGUACCAUCGACUUCGAGGAGUUCUUGGUCAUGAUGGUGAGGCUGCUAAAGGAGGACCAGGCCGGCAAGAGCGAGGAAGAGUUGGCAGAGUGCUUCCGUGUGUUCGACAAGAACGGCGACGGUUACAUCGACAGAGAGGAGUUCGCAAUCAUCAUCCGCAGCACCGGCGAGCCCAUCACAGAGGACGAGAUUGAUGAGCUGAUGAAGGAUGGAGACAAAAACGCCGACGGCAUGCUGGACUUUGACGAAUUCCUCAAGAUGAUGGAGAAUGUGCAGUAAAACCAGAAAGACUUAUGGACAUUCCCCUGUGAACCCAGAACGCACCCUACCCCUCACUGACUCACCCCCA